AUCGAUAGCUAUUAGAAAUUGAUUCGCCGCCGCCGCCGCUGCUCUUUGUUCGGUUCCCUCAUUGAUCCUGCAGCAGCGCUAGAGAGAGAGAACGAGAGUGGGAGCCAGGAGGAGGAGGACGAGGGAGCCGAGGAGCCCAGGCGCCCCUCGCCCGCCGGGGCUGGAUGGACGUGCCGCCGCCGCCGCCAGCGCCAAUGCCUGGCCCCGCCGGGGCCCCUUCCCUCGCCCUCAGAGCCGCCGCGGCUUCGUCCUCCUCCUGCUCCUCUCCUCCCUCCGCCUUCGCCGCCGCCUCGCAACUUCUGAGGGCCAGCCAGAAGGAGCUUAAUUCCGUUGCUUCUGAGCUGGCAGCGCGGCAGGAAGAAAGCGAGCAUUCUCAUAAACAUUUAAUUGAACUCAGCCGGGAAUUUAAGAAAAAUGUACCUGAGGGGGUCCGAGAUUUGGUGGCACCUGUCUUAAAAAGCUUCCAGGCAGAGGUGGUUGCUCUCAGUAAAAGAAGCAAGGAGGCUGAGGCCGCGUUCCUGAACGUUUACAAGCAAUUAAUUGAAGUGCCAGCUCCUGUACCUGCCCUGGAGACAACACAGAGCCUCGAAGACCGGCAUCGGCAGCUGCACUGCCUUGGACCCGAGAACCCACCUUUGAAGGAGCUUAACAGGCCAUGGCAGAACAACUCUGAGCUCCUGUGUGCAAAAGAGCCAAGAGAGGGGACACCUCCACCUGGUCUUGCUGAUUCAGAGCGGACCAGGCUCACUGCCAACAGAAAAACACUUCUGACAGCUGAAACCUUGCUGCAGAGAAAUGAAGUUGAGAAGCAAAAGGGCUUGCAAGAAAUACAGAUCACUUUGGCUGCUCGGCUGGGGGAAGCAGAAGAGAAGAUCAAAGUGCUCCAUUCUGCACUGAAGACAACGCAGACUGAGCUGGUUGACUUGCAUUGUAAAUACGAUGAAGAGAAAGCUACAAAGACAGAUGAAGUGGCCAUGAUUAUGGCGAACCUUGAAAAAGCCAAUCAGAGAGCCGAGGCUGCCCAGAGAGAGGUGGAGACCCUGCGGGAACAGCUUGCCUCCGUAAACAGCUCCCUUCGUCUGGCUUGUUGCUCUCCCCAAGGACCCAGUGGGGACAAAGUGAAUUAUGCUUUGUGCCCAGGGCCACGGCUAGAGGCAGCGCUGGCCGCCAAGGAUCGGGAAAUCCUUCGGCUUCUCAAAGAAAUUCAGCAUUUGCAGAACACCUUGCAGGAAGUGGAAGAGUCUUCAGCCAGUCAGAUUGCAGACCUAGAACAGCAGUUGGCAACCAAGAAUGAGGCCAUUGAGAAGCUGGAAGAAAAAUUACAAGCCCAAUCAGACUAUGAAGAGAUCAAGACAGAACUGAGCAUCUUGAAAGCGAUGAAGCUGGCUUCUUCCAACUGCAGCCUUUCCCAGGCAAGUUCCCCUCGACAUGAAGAACUGAAACAUCAGGCCUGGCUAUGUUGUGACACAUGCCUUAUCGUCAUCUCAGCUGGACUACUAGCAUAUCAAAACCCACUAAUGCAUUGCUUCUGGAAAAGGACUCCUUUUACCCAUCUCAGAAAUACCUUUUGGAAAAACGAAGCCUCAUACCCAGCACUGGAGGAUCCCUCGGAGGAUGAGUCGGUGAAGGAUUCCAUGGGCACGGACCAGUCCUACCCUUCCCCUCAACACCUAUCACACACGCCCAGGGAAGACACUGCCUCCCCUCCCCUCAUCCAGCCGCUGUUGGGCCCCACAGUGGUGCCAGAAGGAUCCAGGAGCUUCUCAUUAUCGCCCUUUCCUAACCUGAGCACUGCUGAACGGAUACCAUUAGACUCCCUUCUCCCCAAACAGAUGGGGCCUCCUGGUUACAAGACUGAGACAAACAGUGUGGUAGCAUUCCCCUCCAGUUUCUAUGCCACCAAAGGGGCAGUGUUAGCAGGCAACCCCAGUCAAGCCGUCCCUGCAAAUGAGGUGAGCCUGCCUAGUGACCAGUCAGAAGGUAGCAAUUCAGGUUCAGCCGAUGAAGAGCAGUUGGAUACCGCUGAGAUUGCUUUCCAAGUGAAGGAGCAACUUCUCAAGCACAACAUCGGCCAACGGGUCUUUGGGCAUUAUGUCCUAGGCCUCUCUCAAGGUUCUGUCAGCGAGAUCCUGGCUAGGCCGAAACCUUGGCGCAAGCUCACCGUCAAGGGUAAAGAACCGUUCAUCAAAAUGAAGCAGUUCCUCUCUGAUGAGCAGAAUGUGUUGGCCCUGAGGACAAUUCAGGUGCGUCAAAGAGGUAGCAUUACGCCAAGGAUUAGGACACCCGAAACGGGCUCUGAUGAUGCCAUCAAGAACAUCCUAGAGCAAGCGAAGAAGGAGAUUGAGUCACAGAAAGGAGGGGACCCCAAGAGCUCCGCAGCGCCCCAGGCGAUCGCCAAUGGCACCACCAGUGGCAACUCAGAAGAUGCUAUCAAGAACAUCCUGGAGCAGGCGCGUCGGGAGAUGCAGGCUCAACAGCAGGCCUUGCUUGAGAUCGAAGCAGGCAGUGCCAGCAGGCCAGUUGCCACACCACCAACUGAGCGCUCCACCCUGGCCGCUGUCAGCCAGAACAUUGUCCAGGCUUACAUCAAGCAAGAGGAAGGGAUGAUGGGUCCAAGCACCAGCGCCAGCAGCACCACAACACAGGCUCCCUUGACCGUCCUCUCUCCUGCUGCCUUUGUGCAGAGCAUCAUCCGUAAAGUGAAAUCUGAAAUUGGGGAUGCCGGCUCCUAUUUUGACCAGCACUGGGCUUCCGAGAGGAGUUUGUUGAGCCGGCCGUACACCUCUGUGUCGCCCUCCCUCUCUUCCUCUUCCAGCUACUCCAGCAUGGCCAAUGGGCGAGUAUGGCAGCGGGGUGAAUCUGGUGAUGCUAUCCCAAAUGAGGAGGACCUUCCAACGUCUGAGGACGAGCCCCACAGGGUGCUAGAGGUCAAAUUGGAAACGACUGGCUCAGAGUCCCAGGGCACCGGACGCCUUUCCUACUACCCAUCCUAUGUGCCAAGGACCCUCAAACCCACUGUGCCACCCCUUACGCCCGAGCAGUAUGAAAUGUAUAUGUACAGGGAGGUGGACACCUUGGAGCUGACACGACAGGUCAAGGAGAAGCUGGCCAAGAAUGGGAUCUGUCAGCGUAUCUUUGGGGAAAAGGUGCUAGGGUUGUCGCAAGGAAGCGUGAGUGAUAUGCUGUCCAGGCCCAAACCAUGGAGCAAGCUAACGCAAAAAGGGCGAGAGCCAUUCAUCCGCAUGCAGCUGUGGCUCACAGAUCAGCUAGGCCAAGGGAUAAGCCAACAGGGCAACCCACCUCAUGACAGUCCUGGAGAGACUCAGUCUUCUCCUUCCCCAUCACCCAGUCCCUCCGAACAAGAGAAAAGCCCCCCGGAGCCUCUGAGUCUUGCCUUAGAAAGCAGUAAGGAAAACCAGCACCCAGAGAGCAGGUCUGUCUCCUCGCUCAGUAGCAGGAUGGGUCCCAACAGCCAGGCGCCUGUUGGCAUUCAGGAGAUUGUGGCCAUGUCGCCGGAGCUGGACACCUACUCUAUCACCAAGAAGGUCAAGGAGGUCUUAACCGAUAACAACCUUGGUCAGCGGCUUUUUGGAGAGAGUAUCCUAGGCUUGACACAAGGAUCAGUCUCAGACCUCCUUUCGAGGCCCAAGCCAUGGCACAAACUGAGCCUCAAAGGGAGGGAGCCGUUUGUCCGGAUGCAGCUCUGGCUGAACGAUCCGCACAAUGUCAACAAGCUGCGGGACAUGAAAAAAUUGGAGAAAAAAGCAUACUUGAAGCGUCGCUAUGGACUGAUCAGUGCUGGCUCAGACAGUGAGUCUCCCAACACUCGCUCCGAAUGCCCCAGUCCUAGCCUCCAGUCGCAAGAUCUCAGCCUCCUGCAGAUUAAGAAGCCAAGGGUAGUUCUGGCUCCUGAAGAGAAAGAGGCCCUGAAAAAGGCUUAUCAGCUGGAACCGUACCCUUCACAACAGACCAUUGAGUUGCUGUCUUUCCAGCUGAACCUUAAGACCAACACAGUGAUCAACUGGUUCCAUAACUACAGAUCCCGAAUGCGCCGGGAGAUGUUGGUGGAAGGGGCACAGGAUGACACAGACCAGGAGCAGAGCCUAACCCCAUCCAACAGCCUGCUGAAGUGUCCACAGCCCCCGAGCCCUGACUCCGAAGGAGAGGACAGGAAGCCUACGUUCAGAGAUGCUGAGUGCCAAGGAGACAGCAAGUCAGUGAUCCAGAUCAAGGAGGAGCAAGUGGAGGUGGGUGAGAAAGAGGAAUGUGCAAGUCUCAGGGACCCUUGUAGCUCAGACGGGGAAAUUGAGCUUGUUUCUGGAUCCAGCCUCAAAGAAGAACAGGUGGAGGCUGCAUGUACAGAAAAUCUGAGUGAGGGUCCUAGUCUCACCUGGGGCAGUGCCCCACAUAACAAAACACACAUAGCUGGGGCUCCGGAUUAUUCCUCUUUGCAUAACUCUGUGGAGUCAAACACUGGUGAGAGGCUUCAUUCCGAUCCCAUGAGCUUUAAAUCGGCUUCUGAGUCUUCGCGGUGCAGCUUAGAGGUGUCUCUAAACUCCCCAUCUGCAGCCUCCUCUCCUGGCCUCAUGAUGUCUGUCUCGCCCGUCCCAUCCUCAUCUGCUCCCAUCUCCCCAUUGCCUCUGAGCACCGCCACUGCUGCCAAAGCACAGAGUUUGAGUCCUGCCACAGAAAUGAGCUCCACGCCCCCAAAUGCCAAAGCAAAUACGAACAUACAGCGACGGCACGAGAAGAUGGCCAAUCUCAACAGCAUCAUUCAUCGGCUGGAGAAAGCAGCCAAUCGUGAAGAGACCCUGGAGUGGGAAUUUUGAGAAGCCAGGUUAAAACAAACAAGCACCCAAAUUCUGACGUCCACAUUCUAAACUCAGUGGAACAGGGAGUCAAGUGUAUAUAGAAAUAGAGCUAUCUAUCUAUCUAUCUAUAUAUAAAUAUAAAUAUAUAUAUAUAUACACACACAUAUAUAUUUUAUUAAUUUCAUCACGUACUAAGGAGGAGACAAAUCAACUCCAUUUUGUUAAAUGAGAGUGAUUCAUGGCUACCCUGUAGCUCCUUUUUUUCUUAGCACCUGAUGGGAAGAUAAAAUGGACUUUUUUUGGUUUAAAUGUGAAAACAAACAUUAAAAAAAACUGGGAACACUUUUAGAAGAAAAAUAUUAAAAUAAUAUUUAUAGACCUCUUUUAGAUAUUUUAAUAAAAGGAAACUUUGGAAUUUAUUAACAGCUCAAGCUGCUUUGAUAUUAAAAGAUAGCUAUAAACUGUAUCAGUUGUGUCAUUAAAUGUCCACUGAAAGUCUUGUAGUUUGCCACUGGAUGAGAUUAAAAAAAGAUUAAAAAUUAAAAGAUAUAACCCAGACUCAUUGAUCAAAGCCAUUGAGAAGCACUAUGAGACUGACCAAAAUUUUGCUAAACUUGAUCACCAGAGGGGUGUGCUGUUCUCCCCUAUGUUUGUCUUUAAGACAUCGCAUUAAUACAACUUUUUCCAGAGACUUGUCUUACAGUCCGUGAAGACUCUAAAUUUGGAAUCUGCGAUGCCAUCCUGAGUCCGUUGUUUAGUUCUGGUGGUAUGUUUUGAAAGCUUUGUUUUAAAUAUAACACAGGGAAAAAAGUGUUGCGUGCUGUUGUAUAUGUUGUAGAAAUAUGUUUGCAAUAGCCUUCCUGAACAAGAUGUAGCAUGGUUUCAGAAGUGACUCCUUAGUCCUUAUGCUUCCUGUAGCUUAGUGACCCGCCAGAAACAGAAAUAAAGGACACAUCAGGAACGCCAACAAAGAAGGAAUCUACAGCUGUUGGAAGCAAUGCUUUUCGGCCCACUUAUAAGAACAACAAAAAAGUGCAGCAUCUUUUUGUUGCAAAAAAAAAGGUUGCAUUUGGCAACUUUCAAAGUCUGUGAUGUAUUUGUUUUUGACAGGGACAGACUUUAAUGAUAAACCAGAAGAACCCCUAUGAAGGUUUACAUUUGUAUAUGUGUGUGUGCGCACACAUGAAAAUUGUCAUCUUUUGCUUAGCUCAGCAUUUCAUUUUUUUUGGAAGGGAACAAACCAUUUGAAGUGUUUGUCAGUAUGAGCAUGAAAAUGCAGAGAGAAAAUGUUGUCUUGCACCUAAUUCAUCCUCACCCCGACUAUAUUGCCAAGCCAAGCCAGAUCCCCACAUGCGCACGAAGCGCUUGUAUGUAUGGGCAAAUCUUAGUCAUUUCAAGGGAGGCAGCAACCCCUUGUGCACAAAAGGAUCUGGGAGCACAUUCAGCCGACCAUGUAUGUUAAAAAUCAACAUCAGAUUGGGGCAAAAGCUUUCUUUUUUAAAAAACAACAAAACUUAGCUGUCACCAAGGUUUUGUAUUGCUCACAGCUAGCCACACUAUUUGAUAUGGAAUUUCACUUCCUGAAAAUGAUCGCUUUUGUUAAAAUAAAACAAUCCUCUGGACCUCA